UCGAUAGUCUGGCUACAAAUAAUUCCACAAUUCUGCCCGCUUGGGAUGCUGUACUGGCCAAAACAGAAGAGCGUUUCAAACUGGCUAAAGAGAACUCGGACUACUUGGGUACAAUCACGGACUAUCUGGAGAAAAUACGCAAUUACGAUAGCUUUAAGAUGACCGUAUUGCAAAUACCGAAUGUGAUGGUUGGUCUGCGACACAUCUGGACCAUGUCCAGCUACUAUUGCCGGGACCCAGAAAUGCAGGUGCUCCUCUGCCAGAUUUCGAAUGUGUUUGUGCAGAAGGUCAAGAGCUUCAUAUGCUUCGAAAACAUUUUUCGCUACUCUGCGACUUACACUUAUGAGACAGCCACCAGCUGUGCCAACCUGUUGCGCUGUUGGAAGCAAGCCUACAAGUUGAGCCGGCAACAUAUUGAGGAAUCUGGAGCAGGCUCCCGCUGGGAGUUCGAUCGUGUGGCCCUAUUCAGUGAGGUCAAUCACAUACAUCGCGUAGCCGUUGAUAUCGCCUACAUCGGUCGUGUGUUCAUACAAUAUGAGAAUCUGUUUGGACAUCGCUUAAAGGCACUCAUCACAGACCCGUCGAUUGUGGACAAUUUAAUGCGAAAGGUCUAUCGCAUGCUCGACGAGCUUAUGCACGGCAUAGACUAUGACAUAUUCCAGCCAAGCAACUGGGAGAAUUGGGAAUACUCCCUAGAACAGUUUAAUCAUCGCCUCGAGGGACUUGAGAUGGAGGCGAAGGCGGUAAUCGAUCAAAGCAUCAAUUCGCUGCUUUCGUCUGCAAAGGGCCUGCAAUUGGUCACCAAUGCCAAUAUGAUUGAUACCCGAUCGGCACUUAAGGAGUUCAUCUCGACAAAACACGAAAACCUGCUCCGAUAUUUUGUGACUGAAAUUAAUACCGUGGAGUAUGUUUUUACGAACCACAAGAAAACUCCACCAAUGUCCAAGCACCAGCCAGCUAAAAUAGGAGCUGUAUGUUGGGCCCGCUUGCUGGGCAGAAAACUAAAAAAUUCGGUAUUAGCGUUUAAACAGGUCGAUGAUGAUCCAGCUCUUAAGCACAGCUUUCUGAAACGCAGUGCCUUCAAGCAGUACUUCGAAUUAAUGACUAAAAUGUUUCAGUUCGAGAAGGGCUUGUUUGAGAAAUAUCUGCAGACCGCGACCUUUCUGAUAAACCACUCAAAUCGAUCCAAUAUACUGAGCUUACACAUAUGCAACGAUAAUAUUGUUACAUACAUAACGGAGGCCACACAAACUCUUAAGACCAAGAACCGCGAGUCGAGUGCCAGCCGGGUGAGCACAAGUCAACAAGUGAGCCUUCAAGCAAUAAACAGUACCGCAUCUUCGAUGGCCUCAUUCACUGGAUCUAUCGAUAGCGGCAUGUCUGUUAACGAUAUGGCCGAACCAGCUGGUCAAGUUGGUUUUAUGUGCAAAAUCAAUAAGCUUACCGUCGUCACGGCCAUGAUUAUGUGGAUAGUAAGCAAGACCAGGCAUGCAAAUGUACAGUUACGCAAGGCAUUGGCCUACCUCAAUCUGAUGAGGGACAAAAAGUCGAAGGACAUAACGCCGUACGAUAGGGAGUGCAUGCAAACUUGCGAGUUAUUUGUGCGUGCUGAAGCUCAAAAAAUGCUACCUAUUUGGCGAGAGCUCGUUGGAGAUCGCGUGCUAAUCGAGUACCACAUGAACUUUGAGGUAAAUCUGAAUCGUGAAAUUUUCGAUGUUAUGUUUGAGGGCCAACUGUUUGAGCACUUGGGCUUUGAGUUACCAUCAGUUCUGCGCACUGGUAUCAUGAAAAAAGAGAUUCUAUUUAAGGACUACGAAAGGCUUACCGAAGUAAUAGAGCGCUACAAUAGUAUUAUUGCGAAUUUGUCACUCUCGGAGGUUAUUUUCCUACGCGAUCAUAUCUACGACACCGAACUAUUCAUUCAAAUGGGCGUUGGCCGUUAUACCUGGAUGUCAUUCAAUAUCGGCAAGUUCUGUGAGCAAAUAAACUCGCAGCUCCGCAAGUUAACAUCCAUAGUUUCGCAAAUAAAUUUCAUUCGUUUGGACUUGCGCAAUCGUAUUGACUUAAUCAAAAGUUUUAAUCUGUUUAACUUGGAUAAUGUGGAUGAGGAAAGUUCGCUUGCACCCAUUACAUCAACAUUGAAUUUUUCGCGAUCAAACCCUAGGAUGAACGAAUCUCGCACAAAUAAGUCUACUAGGACCUUCCAGUCGACCACGGGUGAGAGAAUAACCAUUUUAGUCGCUGAAAAGGAGCACGACAAAAAGGAAAAGCAACAAGAAAUAGCCUGCGGCAAGGGCAUCUAUCACUGUCAGACUUACUUUGAACGCCUGGAAGAGUCACGCAAUCGCAAAGCAGCCCAGAUGAAGAAGUUGUACGAUUCGCUAGGGCCUGUGCUUAUCAAGCUGGAGAGUUUGGUGCUGGGCACAUUUACAGGACGGUCGGAGAAAAUGCGAAUGUAUUACGAAUACUGGGAGGAUGAGACCUACAAAUGCAUUAUUGACAUGACCUAUCAGAACCUUAAGUGCUACAUUAGUCGUUUGCUGUCGAAGGCGCCCAUGUUCGAGGUAAACGCCGUUCUUUUAAUGUCUGAAAUAGUGCUCGAACCAUCAGUGAAUGAACUUCAGAACAUUAUUGUGACAGCCGCCAAAGAUUAUCUAUCGCGAAUGAAAAUCUUCACGCGGUGGAUGAUGGGAACCUGCCUCAAUUGCCCACUCAUCGAGACGGGUACGCAAUGGAAAUUCAACUAUACCUUCUACGAAGAUGUUGUACAAAUCAAUAAUAUUAUUGAUCUUGUUGUACAAAUACACAAUUUGGCCCACAAAGUUGUACUAGAAGCCAAGGCGUUUGUGGUGCAAUUUCGCAAAUAUUUCAAUCUGUGGGCGUACGAUAAGUCCUUGAUAUGCGCCAAGUUUGUCGAACGCCAAGUCACACUCAUUGAGAUCGAUGAGAAAUUUACAUUUUACUCCAGCAUCAUAGACACACUGUCCAGCAUGCGCCCAUAUCAUGAUGUAUGCUGUAUUCGCAUAAAUUUACAGCCCCUGCUCGACAGCAUAAAGGAACAUGCUCAAGAAUGGUGCACCAAGCUGGGUGAGGAGCUGUCGCGCCAUGUUAAUGACAACAUGAAGGCAAUGCGCUCCGAAAUCAAAACGCUCAGCUUAAAUCUAAAUAAGACAACGCGUGAGCUAGAGGACUUUAAGCUGGUAAUGCAAACAAUUGCCACUGUACAAUCGACCACGCUAACGAACGAGCAAAAAAUACACGAAAUGCAGGAGACCUUCACAGUGCUAAGCGAGCACAAAAUCAUGUUUCCCUACGAGGACAUGCUGAUGGCCCAUCAUCUGGAAAAGCGCUGGAAGCGUUUGUUCCUUUCGGCCCUAUACCGCUCGGAGAAACUUCAGCCAAUUAAGCAGAAGUUUGCCGAUAUGACUGCUGUAGAAAUCACAGUAUUUUGCGAUAAUUUGGGUGAUUUCAUCAAGGACUGGGAUCAGAACGGGCCCGGAACUGUGGGAGCCGAGCUGGACCGUGGCGUGCGCCUAAUGGAUCCGUACGGACAGAAAAUUAAAGAUCACGAGUCUCGCCGCGAAGAAUUGGCCAAUGCAGAGCGUCUUUUUGAUAUGGCCAUGGUGGAUUAUCAUGAAUUUGGGCGCGUACAGACCGAGUACGAAGGGUUGCAAUUGAUCUUCAAAUUGUACAAAGCCCAGAAGAAUGGUCGCGAGAUUUGGGGAAAAACAUUGUGGGCCGAUUUGGAUCCAAAUGUACUUACUGAAGGCGUUGAGAGCUACUUGAAGGAAUUUCGUAAAUUACCUAAGCCCGUGCGCCAGCUGCCAGUUGGUCAAAAUCUGGAGUUGCAUAUGAAACAAUUCAAGGCCACAGUGCCGCUCAUGGUCAGUUUGAAGCAUGAAGCAUUGCGUGAACGGCAUUGGUUGCAGCUGAUGGAGAAGACCGGACAGGCCUUUGACAUGGCGCCGACUCGUUUCACGCUCGAGAACAUGUUCUCCAUGCAACUGCACAAGUACCAGGAAAUAGCCGAGCAAAUACUCACCAAUGCCAUUAAGGAAUUGCAAAUUGAGCGCGGAGUUCGUGCCGUCGAGGAAACUUGGGCGGUUAUGGCGUUUAAGGUUAUCAAACACUACAAAGGUAUGGACGAUCGCGGUUGGGUCUUAGGACCAGUGGAUGAGAUCACGCAAGUCCUAGAAGAUAAUGCCAUGAAUUUGCAAUCAAUGGGCGCCAGCCAAUUCAUUGGCCCUUUUCUGGGCACGGUAAACAAGUGGGAGCGGUCUUUGGCACUGGUAUCGGAGAUCAUUGACGAGUGGCUGGUGGUGCAGCGCAAGUGGCUCUAUUUAGAGGGUAUCUUCAUUGGGGGUGACAUACGCACCCAACUGCCGGAGGAGGCGAGGAAAUUUGAUGACAUUGACAAGGCUUAUCGAAGGAUCAUGGUCGAUUGUGCCAAAAAUCCGUUAGUGGUGCCAUUCUGUUCAAUACCCGGACGUCUUGUCGAAAUACAAGGUUUGGGCAUUGGAUUGGAAAAUUGUCAGAAGUCGUUGAACGAAUAUUUGGACUCGAAACGCCGCAUUUUCCCGCGUUUCUAUUUCAUUUCCACCGAUGAGCUGCUCUCCAUAUUGGGCAGCAGUGAGCCAUCUGCAGUACAGAACCACAUCAUUAAGAUGUACGACAAUAUUAAGUCUCUGCGGCUGGUCAAGGAAGGCAAUCUGACCAUUGUGACGGCUAUGAUAUCCAGCGAGGGCGAAGUCAUGGAGUUUCGCCACGUUGCUCGUGCUCAGGGCCGUGUGGAGCAUUGGAUGAACGAUGUGCUGGAUGAAAUGCGGCGCUCCAAUCGCUACAUAACGAAGACGGCCAUCUACGAUUUUGGCACCGAUCUGGAAAUUUCAAGACCCGACUGGCUAAUGAACUACCAGGGCAUGGUAGGGCUGGCGGCCAGUCAAGUGUGGUGGACCGCCGAGGUGGAGGAGGCCUUUGACCAGGCUCAGAAUCAUGGCAACAUGCGGGCCAUGAAGGACUUUCUGUCCAAGAAUAACUAUCAGAUCGAGGAGCUGGUGCUGAAGGUGCGAUCGAAUUUGUCGCGCAACGAUCGACUCAAGUUCAAGGCCCUUUGUACCAUAGAUGUGCAUGCGCGCGAUAUUAUCGACAAUUUUGUGCGCGACAAUAUUCUAGAUGCCAGCGAGUUUAGUUGGGAGAGUCAACUGCGCUUUUACUGGGUCAAGUUCUACGACAAUCUCCACGUGCUGCAAUGCUCCGGGGAAUUUGAGUAUGGAUAUGAGUACAUGGGCCUAAACGGACGUCUGGUCAUCACACCUUUAACGGAUCGUAUCUAUUUGACCAUAACCCAGGCGCUUCUUAUGAAUUUGGGAGGAGCACCCGCGGGUCCAGCAGGCACAGGUAAGACUGAGACCGUAAAGGAUUUAGCGAAGGCAAUGGGACUGCUGUGCGUGGUUACCAAUUGUGGCGAGGGUAUGGAUUACCGGGCUGUUGGCACCAUACUCUCCGGCUUGGUACAGUGCGGUGCUUGGGGCUGUUUCGAUGAGUUCAAUCGUAUUGAUAUAUCUGUGCUUAGUGUAAUCUCCACACAACUGCAGACGAUCCGGAAUGGACUUAUACGCAAGCUGGAACGCUUUGUAUUUGAAGGCGUUGAGAUUAAGCUGGAUCCUAAAUGCGGAGUAUUUGUCACCAUGAAUCCCGGAUAUGCAGGCCGCACAGAGCUUCCCGAAUCAGUCAAGGCCUUAUUCCGCCCAGUCACCUGCAUAAAGCCAGAUUUGGAACUGAUCUGUCUUAUAUCACUCUUCUCAGAUGGUUUUCUUACCGCCAAGGUGCUGGCCAAGAAGAUGACUGUACUGUACUCACUGGCGCAGGCGCAACUCUCUAAGCAGUGCCAUUACGAUUGGGGUCUCCGGUCACUGAACUCUGUGCUCCGCAUGGCUGGUGUCAUGAAGCGUCAGUCCGAAGAUCUUCCCGAAGCUGUUGUGCUAAUGCGAGUGCUGCGCGACAUGAACUUCCCCAAGUUCAUUUUCGAGGAUGUGCCACUCUUCUUGGGCCUCAUCAAAGAUCUGUUCCCAGGCAUAGAUUGUCCUCGCAUUGGCUAUCCAGACUUUAAUGCGGCCGUGCGACAUGUGCUGGUUAAUGAUGGCUACAUACUACUGGCCGAUCAGGAGGACAAAGUGGUGCAAAUGUACGAAACCAUGAUGACCCGGCACUCGACCAUGAUUGUGGGCCCAACAGGUGGCGGCAAGACUGUCGUCAUAAAUGCUUUGGUCAAAGCGCAAACCCACAUGGGCCUGCCCACCAAGUGCAAUGUGCUUAACCCCAAGGCAUGCUCGGUAAUUGAAUUGUAUGGCUAUUUGGAUAUGGAAACACGAGAUUGGAUUGAUGGAUUGUUUUCAAAUAUCUUCCGUGAAAUGAAUAAGCCGGUAGAACGAGAGGAGCGACGCUAUGUUUGCUUUGAUGGCGAUGUUGAUGCACUCUGGAUCGAGAACAUGAAUUCCGUCAUGGAUGACAACAAGCUGCUGACUUUGGCCAACGGUGAGCGCAUCCGUCUGGAGAACUAUUGUGCGCUGCUCUUUGAAGUUGGCAAUUUGAAUUAUGCCUCACCCGCAACCGUGUCACGCGCUGGCAUGGUCUAUGUAGAUCCAAAAAAUUUGAGAUAUAGUCCUUAUUGGCAGCGUUGGGUGCUCACGCGGCCCGAGGUGCAACGUGAGCUGCUGAACGAUUUCUUUGAGAAGGUGAUUACUCAGGCGAUUGCAUUCAUAUUGGAGGGCGUCGAUGGUACAACGCAGGGCCUUCCCCUCAAAAUGGUUAUCAUGCAAACGGAUCUUAAUAUGGUGACCCAAUUUUGUAAUCUUUAUGAUGCUAUGCUGCCCAUCUAUGGCCCACCAGAUAGUAUGACCUUGGAUGAGCCUGCUGUGAAGGUUUACAAUACAGAUAGCCUGGAGUGCUGUUUUCUGCAGAGCGUAUACGGAUCGUUGGGCGCAUGUUUGCUUGAGAAGCAUCAAGUCAUUUUCGACGAGUUCAUGAAACGUAUUUCGGGUUUUCCACUUUUCCAAGAUACCCAAGACAACCCGGCCUCGGGCGGACAAUUUCCACAGACAAAGCCCACGCUCUACGACUAUUUCUGGGAUGUGGAAAAGAACUGCUGGCAGGCCUGGGAGUGGAUUGUGAAGCCAUACACGCACGACCCUCAAGUAAAAUUUAGUGAGAUUCUAGUACCUACCGUAGAUAAUACUCGCACAAAUCGCCUGUUGGGACUCAUGAGUGAUAUAAAACGUCCCGUGCUGCUUGUCGGCGAGGCUGGUACAUCAAAGACAGCAACCAUUAUGCAAUAUUUGCGCAAUCUCAAUCCGAAUGUCAACAUCAUACUCAAUAUUAAUUUUUCAUCGAGAACCUCAUCGUUGGAUGUGCAACGUACGUUAGAGGCAGCGGUGGAAAAACGCACCAAGGAUACUUAUGGGCCACCAAUGGGCAAGAAAAUUGCCUGCUUUAUUGAUGACAUGAACAUGCCGCAGGUCGAUGAGUAUGGCACACAACAGCCGAUUGCCCUGUUGAAGCUCUUCUUUGAGCGCGGUGGAAUGUAUGACCGCGAUAAAGAUCUCAACUGGAAGAAAUUCAAGGACAUGACUUUCUAUGCUGCCAUGGGUACUGCUGGUGGAGGCCGCAAUGAGGUCGAUCCGCGUUUUAUUUCCAUGUUCUCCACCUACAAUAUUGUAUUCCCCAACGAUGAAUCGCUCAUUCAAAUCUAUUCGUCCAUCUUUAAGGGUCACUUGACAUUUAGUAAAUUCCAUGAGCGCUACAAUAUGAUAGCUGACAUGAUUGUCGUGAUGACGCUGAAGCUCUUCAAGCUGGUCAUAAUAGAUCUGCCACCGACGCCCUCCAAAUUCCAUUACAUCUUCAAUCUUAAGGACUUGUCGCGUAUUUUUGCGGGCUUGAUGCUCAUACAGCCGCACUUUUUCAGAAAUCUGAGAGAGUUCGUACGCGUGUGGCGCAAUGAAUUUACACGCAUUAUUUGCGACCGACUAAUAUCGGAUACGGACAUCAACUUAGUGCGCCGCAAUGUAGCUUCGGAGGUGGAAGAUCGUUUUCCACCUGAAUUUGAGGAGACUCAUGGGUUCAUUGACUUGGAGGAAGCCGCUGCUGAAGCGCAAGCUCGCUUACUGUACGAAGCCUAUGCGGACGAUGCCGCUGCUGCUAUGGGCGAGGAAGAGGGCGAAGAAGAAGAGGAAGCCGACGAGGGACCACAAGUGAUACUCUCACUUAAGGACUAUGUGCUGCGCGAUCCAAUGCUCUUUGGCGAUUUUCGCAAUUUCACUAACGAAUCAGAACCACGCUUCUAUGAGGACCUACUGGACUUCAAUUCAGUCUACCAUCUAUUUACCGAAAUAAUCGAAGAGUAUAGCGAACGCAAGCAAAAGAUGACGCUGGUAUUGUUUGAGGAUUGUUUGGAGCAUUUGACGCGCGUCCAUCGCACGUUGAGAAUGAAUCGUGGUCACGUACUGCUCAUUGGUGUUGGCGGUAGUGGCAAGAAGUGCAUAACACGACUGUCGGCUUUUGCAGCGGAGUGUGAAGUUUUCGAGAUAACCAUUUCACGUGGAUACAAUGAGGCUGCGUUCCGUGAAGAUCUUAAAAUAUUGUACACCUUGGCGGGUGUCAAGCGUAAGAAAGUUGUAUUCCUCUUUACAGCAGCGCAGAUUGCCGAAGAGGGCUUCUUGGAGCUAAUCAAUAAUAUAUUGACUGUGGGCCAAGUACCCGCGCUAUUUGCCGACGAAGAUAAAGAUGGUAUUGUCAAUCAAGUACGCAAAUUCGCCGAAGAAGAGGGCCUUUCAGCAUCCAAGGAUUCAGUGUGGGCCUACUUCCUGCGCACCUGCGCGGAAAACCUGCACGUUGUUCUUUGCAUGUCUCCUGCGGGAGAUGCACUGAGAAAUCGCUGCCGUAACUUCCCCGGUCUUAUAGGCAGCACUUACAUUGACUGGGUGUUUCCAUGGCCCAAACAAGCGCUUUAUGCUGUCGCUCGACUAUUCCUUACGGAGCAUAAAAUGAUUCCAAAAGAUCAUCGCGACGCCAUCAUCGAACAUGUUGUGCAUGUGCACACAACUAUACAAGUGUACUCCAAGGAUUAUCAGACAAAACUUAGACGUAACAAUUUCGUUACGCCCAAACAUUACCUCGACUAUAUUAACUCUUAUAUUGCAUUGUUAGAGGAAAAACAUGCAUUCAUCCUUCAACAGCGUGCACGUCUGGGCGAGGGCAUCAAGAAAAUUGAGGAGGCCUCCGUGCAAAUCGACGAGCUUCGCCUUAUAGUUACGGAACAAAAGAAAAAUGUAGCCAUAGCAGCCGAAGAGUGCGAGACCAUGUUGGUUAACAUAGAAGCCUCCACCCAAAAAGCGAAUACAAAGAAAGCCGAGGCAUCGGAGAAGUCCGUUGAAGUUGAAAUCAAGGGCAAGCAAAUUGCGAUAGAAAAAGAAGAAGCCGAAGAAAUAUUGGCCGAAGCUAUGCCCGCCUUAGAGGAAGCACGUCGUGCUCUUUCCGAGCUCGACAAGGCUCAGAUUACAGAGAUCCGUUCAUUUGCCACUCCGCCCGCACAAGUACAGGUUGUGUGCGAAUGCGUAGCCAUCUUGAAGGGCAUCAAGGAGAUAAAUUGGAAGAGCGCCAAGGGCAUGAUGUCCGAUGUGAGCUUUUUGAAGAGUCUUAUGGAAAUGGACUGCGAGGCACUUACCCAAAAACAAAUAAGCGCCUGCCGCGCACAUAUGAAAACCGCCAAUUUGGAUGAUAUGGCUAAAAUUUCUAUAGCGGGAGCCGGACUCUUAAAGUUCGUGCGGGCUGUGCUCGGCUUCUUCGAAGUGUAUCGCGAGGUCAAGCCAAAGAAAGAGCGCGUUGACUUUUUGGUUGAAGAGCAGGAAGUGCAGAUAAAACUGCUCAAUCACUUGAAUGCUGAAAUACAAAAACUAGAAGAGAAACUCGAUAAGUUGAAUGAAAACUAUGCGAUUUCAAUGAAACAAAUGAAGGCACUGACAGAAAUGAUGCAGCAAGCCGAACGUCGCCUGAUUGCUUCAGAUAAACUUAUCAGCGGUCUUACUUCCGAACUCAUACGCUGGAGCAAAGAAAUGGAGAACUUAGGGCAGCAAUUGAUAGAUAGUGUCGGCGUUUGCCUAAUAUGUGCGUCGUUCCUUGCUUACACCGGCGCCUUUACCUGGGAGUUCCGCAAGGCGAUGGUAUUUGACGAUUGGCUUGAGGACAUUUGCUCUCUGGGCAUACCAGUAAAGUUGCCGUUUAAAAUCGACCAGAACCUGACCACCGAUGUAGAAAUUUCGCAGUGGUCCUCCGAGGGCUUGCCACCUGAUGAGCUGUCCGUACAAAAUGGCAUUCUCACCAUGAGAGCUUCGCGCUUCCCACUCUGCAUUGAUCCGCAAUUACAAGCACUGCAAUGGAUACGGAAAAAGGAGUUCCGAAAUAAUCUAAAGGUGCUAUCGUUCAGUGACUCGGACUUUCUCAAGCAACUGGAAAUGUCCAUUAUGUAUGGCAUACCAGUUAUAUUUGAAGACGUGGACGACUACAUAGAUCCUGUUAUAGACGACAUUAUGCAGAAGAAUAUACGAGUGCAUGCAGGUCGAAAAUUUGUUAUGCUGGGCGACAAAGAGGUUGAUUGGGAUCCCGGUUUCCGUUUGUAUAUGACAACAAAAUUCUCAAAUCCCAAAUUUGAUCCGGCUGUUUACGCAAAGGCUCUAGUCAUAAAUUAUACAGUAACCCAGACUGGCCUCGAGGAUCAGCUGCUUAGCGUCGUGGUAGGAACAGAACGUCCUGAUUUGGAGCAGCAGCGUGAGUCGCUCAUAGCCCGCACCAGCGAAAACAAACAAUUGUUACAACAAUUAGAGGACUCACUCCUGCGUGAGCUGGCGACCUCAACAGGCAAUAUGUUGGACAAUGUGGAGCUGGUGGAGACCCUGGAGAAUACCAAAGCCAAGGCUAGUCUUGUAAUGGAGCAGCUGAAACUGGCGGCCGAAACCGCCGCCGACAUCGAGGUUCUUCGCAAUGGAUAUCGACCGGCUGCCAAGCGUGGAGCCGUCCUCUUCUUUGCCUUGGCGGACAUGGCCACAGUCAAUAGCAUGUAUCAGUAUGCCUUAGCCGCUUAUCUGGACGUGUUUGUUUAUUCAUUGCGCAAGGCUGUGCCAGAUACGGUGUUGUCCAAGCGUUUGAAUAAUAUAAUCAAAACAUUGACUGAGAACGUGUACUGCUAUGGCUGCACAGGUAUCUUCGAAAGGCACAAGCUGCUCUUCUCAUUCCAAAUAGCCACAAAACUGGCACAACGCGAAGGUGUGUUGCAGCAACAAGAGCUGGAUUUCUUCAUCAAGGGCUCUAUAGCGUUGACAAAAAGCGAACGCACUAAUCCCACGAAAUGGCUACCGGAGAAGAGCUGGGAGGACUUGCUCAAGCUAGCAUUUGAUUUUCCUGAGCCCUUCGGCUCACUGCCGGACCACUUCGGCCGUUAUAUUGACGAUUGGAAGGAGUGGUAUGACUUGGAGAAUCCAGAGGAGGUGGCCUGUCCGGGUGACUACAACAUCAAAUGCAAUCCAUUCCAGAAACUAAUGUUCUUGCGCUGUUUCCGUGUUGAUCGUAUAUUCCGUUCUAUUAAUCAAUACAUUGUCGAUACCAUGGACGAGUUCUAUAUUAUGCCGCCUGUUGUCAGCUUUUCGGCCAUAUAUGAGCAGACCACGUGCUUGAUACCCGUGUGUUUUAUACUCAGUGCCGGCUCCGAUCCCACAAAUGAUCUCAUAAAACUAGCUGACUUGGUAAUAGGCGGUAUGGCCAACUUCUGUCAUAUAUCGCUGGGCCAGGGACAGGAAAAGGCUGCAUUAAGACUGCUGGACAAUGCCAUACGCCAGGGUCAGUGGCUGAUGCUUCAAAAUGGACAUUUGCUAAUUAGAUUCGUGCGAGAGCUAGAAAAGUACUUAGACAGGAUUGAGUCCCCGCAUCCAGAUUUUCGUCUAUGGAUUACCACGGAUCCGACGCCUACAUUCCCAAUUGGCAUACUGCAAAAGUCGUUGAAAGUGGUCACCGAGCCACCCAAUGGCUUGAAGUUGAAUUUGCGCUCGACUUACUUCAAGGUGCGUCAAGAGCGUCUGGAGGCCUGCUCACAUCGCGCAUAUCGCACAUUAAUCUAUGUCUUGGCCUUCUUCCAUGCUGUUGUGCAAGAGCGUCGCAAAUAUGACAAGCUGGGCUGGAACAUUGCGUAUGAUUUUAACGAUUCCGAUUUUGAGGUUUGCACGGAAAUAUUGCGCACCUAUUUAAGCCGCUGUGCCGAUGACAAGAUACCCUGGAACAGUCUCAAGUAUCUCAUAGGCGAGGUAAUGUACGGCGGUCGCGUCAUAGAUGAUUUUGAUCGACGCAUUACCAACUGCUAUAUGAGUGAAUACAUGGGUGACUUUCUCUUCGACACUUUCCAAACAUUCCACUUCUAUGAGGAUGAAAAUGUGGACUAUUGCUUGCCCGAGGAGGAGACCAUUCUGAAGGAAGACUACAUAGCUCAUAUCGACAAGUUACCACUGGUGAAUAAGCCGGAUGUUUUCGGCUUGCAUCCAAACGCGGAAAUUGGUUAUUACACAAUGGCAGCACGCAGCAUUUGGAACAGUUUGAUUGAAUUGCAGCCCCAAACGGGCGAGGGCACCGGCGGAAUCAGUCGUGACGACUUCAUCGACAAUGUUGCCGCUGGCAUCCUGAAGAAAUUGCCCGCUGCCUUCGAGACUUGGCGCAUACGAAAACAAAUCCAAAUGAGCCUGUCACCCACGGGCGUGGUCCUUCUGCAGGAGUUGGAUCGCUUUAAUCUGUUGGUGGUGCGCAUCAAGAAAACGCUGGAGCUUCUGCGCAAGGCCAUAGCGGGCGAAAUAGGAAUGGAUAAUGUACUAGACAACAUAUCGAAUUCAUUGUUCAAUGGCUUGCUGCCAGAGGCUUGGAGUAAACUGGCGCCGGCCACAUGCAAACAGUUAGCGAGCUGGCUGGUGCAUUUGCAGCAACGCGCUGUGCAGUACAAGUAUUGGUCGUUGUCUGGCGAGCCACUCGUCAUGUGGCUGUCGGGUCUGCACAUACCGCAGAGCUAUCUAACAGCCCUGGUGCAGAUUGCCUGCCGCCGAAAUGCUUGGCCGCUAGACCGCUCCACCCUCUUCACCUAUGUGACCAGCUAUGCGGACCCUGAUGAUGUCGAGGAGCGUCCACCAACGGGCUGUUAUGUGCAUGGACUCUACAUAGAAGGCGCACGCUUUGACAUGCAGACUAAUCAGCUAGCGCGUUCGCAUCCCAAAGUGCUGGUCGAAGAGCUGGCCAUUUUGGCAGUGGAGCCCAUUGAAGCACACCGACUCAAGCUACAGAACACUUUCCUGGCACCCGUGUACACCACAUCGCUGCGCCGUAAUGCCAUGGGCGUGGGCCUGGUCUUUGAGGCGAAUUUGGCAACAACCGAGGACUUGAGCCAUUGGAUAUUACAGGGGGUGUGUCUGACGCUGAACACGGACACAUAGAGAUGACAGAAAGACUGAAUCCAAUUUGAAUUUGAUUUAUUUGUAUGAUUUUUUGUAAUAUAAUGCAAAUAAGUUAGUGCUCACAUCACUGUA